AUGCUUCAGGGUUACUUUGCAAGGAAAGUUUGGCCAGAUUUUGGAUCUCCUCUCAGUAGAUGUUCAAACACCAGCCAUCAGUUCAAUGAUCCUCCGCUUCGAAGUUUCUUAUUCCAAGACUUUCAGUUGACUCAGAGCUUGGAGGAAUUCGACCGGCUCUUGGGAUUUUCUAUGAAAGGAAAGACACCAUAUAAUAGAAUUGGUCAGGUACCUGAGGUAGAGAUGCUAGCCCUUGCACUCCACAUCCCCAUAUCUGAUGCAUUGGCUAAUUGGAAGAAAAGGGAGAAUCUCUUUGGUUUUUGGAGGGCUUACCUAGAAGAAGAAGCAGAAAGGCUGUUUGUGAUACAUCAUUGGGAUGCAUUGGCAAAUAUACUAGCUCUUCCCAUAUAUGGGCUAGUAUUGUUCCCAACACAUGAAGGUUUUAUAGAUUCAGUUACCAUAAGUAUCUUUUGGGCCGUUUGGAAGGAUAAACAAAGUUUGGUUCCUCCACUACUAGCUGACACUUUUCAUACUUUGCAUACUCGACAUCAAAAGAAGAAUGGAAUGUUGAUAUGUUGCCUUCCAUUGCUUUAUAAUUGGCUUAUCUCAUAUGUGUUCAAGCCUAAUGCUCACAUCAGUGAAAUGUCCAAUGGGGAGUGGGCAAGAACUCUAGUGUAUUUGUCUAGUAAGGAUAUCAUUUGGUACCGACACAAGCUGAAUGUUGAAGAAAUCAUUAUCAGUUGUGGUAGUUUCCCAAAUAUACCACUAAUAGGAUCUAAAGGUUACAUCAGCUACAACCUCAUGUUAGCUCUGUGA